GUAAUGGGUGUUAUACCUGAGGACACAUGUUGUAGUUAUAUAUUUCCAAGUAAUUUUUCUGAAAAACUAGAAGACAAAAUUAAGUUACAGUCAGGAUGUCAAUUAAAUAAUGAACUUCUUAUAGAUUUUAGUUUAUAG